AUGGAGGAGGGCGGCCGGAGCCCCCGGGAGGAGGCGGCCGAGCCGCAGGAGUCCGGCGGCGACGCGGAGCCCGGCGGCGGCGGCGGCGGCGUGCGGCGGGGGCUGCUGCUUCCCCCCGGUGACCCCCCGCACCCCCACCCGCACCCGCACCGCAUCACCAACUUCUUCAUCGACAACAUCCUGCGGCCCGAGUUCGGGCGGAGGAAGGAGGCGGGCGGCCCCGGCGGAGAGCCCCGGCGGCCCGGAGCGGAGAGCCGCCGCAGCCCCGCCGCGGCGCCGGCCCCCGGGGCUCCGCUACCCGGCGGCGGGGCGGGCUCGCCGGGCCGGGGGGAGGGCGGCCCCGCCGGGCUGGCCCUGCACGGCCCCGCCAAGAAGGGGGGGGACCCCGCGGCGCUGGAGGCGGCCCUGAAAGCGCGGGGCUUGAGCGGCGGCGACCUGUCGGUGAGCUCGGACUCGGAUAGCUCCCAGGCCAGCUCCAACGCCGGGAACCAGCCCAUGCUCUGGCCCGCCUGGGUUUACUGCACGCGGUACUCGGACCGGCCCUCCUCAGGUCCCCGCUCCCGCAAACCAAAGAAGAAGAACCCCAACAAGGAGGACAAGCGGCCGCGCACCGCCUUCACCGCCGAGCAGCUGCAGAGACUCAAGGCCGAGUUCCAGACGAACCGGUACCUGACGGAGCAGCGGCGGCAAAGCCUGGCCCAAGAGCUCGGGCUUAACGAGUCCCAGAUUAAAAUCUGGUUCCAGAAUAAACGAGCCAAGAUCAAGAAGGCGACGGGCAGCAAAAACUCCCUGGCAGUGCACCUCAUGGCCCAGGGGCUCUACAACCACUCCACCACGGCGAAAGACGGCAAGUCGGACAGUGAAUAG